AUGACGCCGGCCCAAAUCAUCCUCGCGAUAUUUGCACCUCUGUUCCUUGCCUACCUCUACGUCCGCAUCAACGACUCGAAAUUGAUGCGCCUUCCACCCGAAGUUGCCAAGGCUUUUCAGUCUGAACGGUGGACGGACGAGGACGUCAAGUCCGACUUCUUGAAGAUGCAGGAGAAGCCUCUCAGCCUCGAUGGAAAGCUUCCGGCGAAGACGGGCAGAAGAUACAUUGUCAUUGGAGGAGCGGGAUUUUUGGGAGGAUGGAUCGGUCGGCAUCUCAUUGAACGUGGCGAGGAUCCUCGGAAGAUACGCGUCCUGGAUAUUCGACCACCCACGCGUCCUGAUCUUACGACCGGACCUGCAACACAAGUCGACUUCCGCGCUGUCGACAUCACUGACAAAGCUGCGUUGGACGCUGCUUUUGAUGCUGCGUGGCCAGAUGGAGAACCUUCGCACGAUCAGACAACCGUCUUCCACACCGCCGCGAAUAUCCGGUUUUACGAGCGCCACCCGGACCUUUUGUACCGCAGUGCAAAGGUCAACGUAGACGGGACACAAAACAUCCUCGACGCUUGCACUCGGACGGGAGUCAAGAUCCUCAUCUACACCUCUUCCGGCUCGGUCCUCGUUCACCGCACACGCUUUCUGAUGGGAUUAUUUGAGAAGGAACCUCCGUUGUUUACGCAGGCUGUCGAUGAUACCAGUCCGCUACCGACGAGACACGAUCAGACGUUCUCGAACUACGCGGCGAGCAAGAUUGAAGGAGAGAGGCGCGUUCGGGCGGCGAAUAGGAAGGAUGGCUUGAGGACGGGCUGUGUCAGGCCGGGGAAUGGAGUUUAUGGACCUGGUGGAGAUAUCCUGUGCGGGGCGUAUUUGGUACGCCAAACCAAUCCGACAUGGAUAGGUCACACCUUGCAGUCCUUCGUCUUUGUCGAAAACGUCUCGCUCGCGCAUCUAUGCUAUGAAGCCGCUCUUCUCUCCUCCCCACAACUCGGCGGCGAUGCCUUCUGCGUAGCGGAUCGCGGACCACCAGUCACGUACGGAGACGUAUACAUGGCGUUAACGCUCCUGACCGAUGGACUCGUUACGUUCCCCGAGCUCAGCAGUACGGCUAUGCUCAUGCUGGCGACCGUGUUCGAGUGGAUCUAUCUGGGGAAGUACUUCGCAAGCACGUCUUCCAACGCCAUCGUUCGAGCGCUUGGCAAGCUCUUACCAGGCAUCAAUGGCGAUCUUGUGAACCUACAACCCUCACUCUGGGCUCUUACCGCCAUCCAUCUCGUAUUCGACGACUCCCGUGCGCGCCUUCCGCAGUCCAAGGGCGGUCUCGGCUAUGAACCCUUGUGGUCGACACGCGAAGGCCUAUGCAAGCUCGUGGAUGAGCACGUCAAGUCGGGAGGCCAGGGCGAGGAGCGGAGCAGGGCGGGUGGAGGCGUCAGUCUCGGUUUUGCGUCAAGCAAAGCGCAGAGGAGCGUGGGACGAGUCGUGGAGAAGGUCGAUCCCAUCGGAGUCGUCAAUUGA